CUUCUCAUCCACAAAUCGUCCCCCGACUCGUUUCUUCUUCUUCUUCUUCGCUAUUAGAUUCGCUUCUUUGAUAGAUCUGUUUCUCCGAGAUCUGAGAUAUCGCUCCUUCGUCCCAGGCUUUUUGAAAAAUGGAGACUUUCCUAUUCACAUCCGAGUCUGUGAACGAAGGACACCCAGACAAGCUUUGCGACCAGAUCUCUGAUGCAGUUCUCGAUGCCUGCCUUGAGCAAGACCCUGACAGCAAAGUUGCUUGUGAGACUUGCACCAAGACCAACAUGGUCAUGGUCUUUGGUGAGAUCACUACCAAGGCUACAGUCGACUAUGAGAAGAUCGUCCGUGACACUUGCCGCUCCAUUGGUUUCAUCUCUGAUGAUGUUGGUCUCGAUGCUGACAAAUGCAAACACCGUCCUUAUCUCAACCCAGCACGAUGAAACUGUGACCAAUGACGAAAUCGCUCGUGACCUCAAGGAGCACGUGAUCAAGCCAAUCAUCCCAGAGAAGUACCUUGACGACAAAACCAUCUUCCACCUAAACCCAUCAGGCAGGUUUGUGAUCGGUGGACCACACGGUGACGCUGGUUUGACUGGACGUAAGAUCAUCAUUGACACUUACGGUGGAUGGGGAGCUCACGGAGGAGGUGCUUUCUCAGGGAAAGACCCAACCAAAGUCGACAGAAGCGGAGCUUACAUUGUGAGGCAAGCCGCAAAGAGUGUGGUGGCUAAUGGAAUGGCUCGUAGAGCUCUUGUCCAGGUCUCAUACGCCAUUGGAGUCCCUGAGCCAUUGUCUGUCUUCGUUGACACUUACGGAACAGGGUUGAUCCCAGACAAGGAGAUACUGAAGAUUGUGAAGGAGACCUUCGACUUCAGGCCAGGAAUGAUGACCAUUAACUUGGACUUGAAGAGAGGAGGAAAUGGAAGGUUUUUGAAAACGGCGGCGUAUGGACAUUUCGGAAGAGACGACCCUGAUUUCACCUGGGAGGUCGUGAAGCCACUCAAGUGGGACAAACCUCAAGCUUAAUAUCAUUAUAUUAUGAUUUUAAUAUUUUGCUAUGUUUCUUUAAACAACUACCAUGGACCAAUAAUUAAAUCCCUAUGUAUCUGUUUUUCUUCUUGUAUUCUUCAAAUGAAAGUUUCUGGUUUGUUUACUAUUAUUAAUUUUGAUCUGCGAAUUGCGAUGUUU